UGCCCAUAUCAGCAGCCCUCCGCGUCACCCCUCUCUCUCUCUCUCUAAAAGUAAUGUUUUCUCUCUCUAAAAGUAAUGUAUUAUUCUAGUCGCUUCCCAUUUUACAAGUAAGAGCAAAAGAAAGCCAUCAAGACCUUCCAUCUCUUUUGAAUUGUCAAAUCACCUUCUACAAGAUAAGCUGAUAACUGGAAUGAUGUGGGCAAUUGUAAGGCGAAAAGUUGCUUCUGGUGGCCCUGCGUCGGGCAUACAACAGUCAUUGGGGAGGAUUCGACCUGCGGUGGUGCAGUCGCGGGACAUUGCCACUACCACAGGGAAUGAGACACUUAAUCUUGGAGGGGGACCAAAACUUGUGCGGCACUUCUUUCAACAUGGUCGUCAGAUUCAUGUGAAACCUGGAAGGGAUGUUGGAUCAUUUCGUCAAACAGAUUUCCCCAUCCAAAUGUGGAGUAGGUCAUUCUCUUCGGACAAUGGCGACCUGGUUGAUGCUGUUGUCCCUUUUAUGGGUGAAUCCAUUUCUGAUGGAACCCUAUCCACAUUUUUGAAGAACCCUGGUGAUCAUGUAAAUGUUGAUGAGCCAAUCGCCCAAAUUGAAACUGAUAAGGUGACCAUUGAUGUGGCAAGUCCUGAAUCUGGUGUCAUCCAAAAGUUUGUAGCCAAAGAAGGUGAUACUGUGGAACCAGGAACAAUAAUAGCAGUCAUUUCAAAGUCUGGUGAAGGUGCAACACAUGUGGCUCCAUCAGAGAAGACACCUAGCGCCUCAGCAUCUGAACAAGCUCCUGCAGAAAAGGAGAAAGUAGACAAGAAAAUGCCCAAAACAGAAACAUCUCCUACCAAGGAGAUGCCUAAGAAGAAGCCUGCAGCACCUUCUCCACCACCUUCUAAACACAGUGCCACAGAACCUCAACUUCCUCCAAAGGAAAGGGAACGAAGAGUCCCAAUGACAAGACUCAGAAAACGUGUUGCGACACGUUUGAAAGACUCGCAGAAUACAUUUGCAAUGUUGACUACAUUUAAUGAAGUUGAUAUGACUAAUCUGAUGAAGCUCCGUUCUGAUUAUAAAGAUGCUUUUCUGGAGAAACAUGGGGUGAAGUUAGGAUUUAUGUCGGGAUUUGUCAAAGCUGCUGUUAGUGGGCUUCAGAAUCAGCCGAUCAUUAAUGCUGUUAUUGAUGGGGAUGACAUCAUUUAUAGAGAUUAUGUUGAUAUUAGUAUUGCUGUUGGUACACCAAAGGGCCUUGUUGUUCCGGUUGUUCGUGGUGCCGAUAGAAUGAACUUUGCUGACAUAGAGAAGGAGAUCAACACCCUUGCAAAGAAGGCAAGUGAUGGCUCCAUAUCAAUUGAUGAGAUGGCUGGAGGCUCAUUCACGAUAUCUAAUGGUGGCGUUUAUGGAAGCCUUUUAAGUACCCCAAUCAUUAACCCUCCACAGUCAGCAAUUCUGGGCAUGCAUUCAAUAGUAAGCCGUCCAAUGGUUGUUGGGGGCCAAGUUCUUCCGAGGCCAAUGAUGUACAUUGCACUAACUUAUGACCAUAGGCUGAUCGAUGGAAGAGAGGCUGUCUUCUUCUUGCGCCGCAUCAAAGAUGUUGUGGAGGACCCUCGGAGGCUGCUUCUUGAUGUAUGAAGGUGCCAGAGACAACAGUUGUUUCUUCUUUGUUGGUAUACUUGAAAUUUGGUAAACUCGGUUUUUCUGAAGAUGAAUAAUGCAUAUAUCAACUUAGAACUUCAUGGGGUUACAUUGUUGUUCAACCCAUCAUCAAGUUUUUUCUGUUGCGGCAAACAAUGAUUAUGCAAGCAAAUGGGAGAGUUAAAUUAAGUGUUUACAUAUUUCUUGGUUCUACAUGAAGUGUUAUAGUUUGUGUUUGUUAGGAGGCAAAAGGAACUCGAAUGCAACAUGAAUUAUUGUAGUUGGGGUACGUUUUAGCCGUGAGAGGGCCUUAAAUAAUGUGGUUACCGAUGCAAA